UCACUCUCGUUGACAGCGGCGCUGUCAGUUACCUAACCAAAAAUUUAUAUCAAAAUUAAACAUAAACAAUGCGAUGAUUUUCAUUGUGUUUCAAUAAUAAUUUGUAGAAUCAUGAUUACGCUAUCCCAACGCUUGAAAAAACAGCAAGAAGACCGUUCUUCUAACACGAACCGAAUUUCAAUCAGGGACAAACUACUAAUUAAAGAAUCACAAGAAAUGGCCCAACUUUUGCCCAGUAAUUGUUCAGUUUUCUACGAGAAUGAGAACGAUUUGAGCAAGUUCAUUUUAACCGUGAGACCCACGGAGGGCCUUUGGGAGGGUGGUACUUUUAGAUUUGCUAUUAACGUUACCGAAGAGUAUAACAUGGUUCCUCCCACUGUCAGAUGCCUCACGCGUUUGUGGCACCCUAACAUAACCGAAGUCGGCGAAGUGUGCCUAUCGCUCCUGAGGCAGCACAGCAUGGACGGGCUGGGCUGGUCGCCCAUUAGGAGAUUAAACGACGUCGUCUGGGGCCUACACGCCUUAUUUACGGAUUUGUUAAAUUUUGACGAUCCUUUAAAUAUAGAAGCUUCGGAUAUGUAUAGAAACUCUAAGGAGGAAUUUAGAAUGAAAGUGAAUGAGUACGUUAUGCUGUAUGCUAAAGAUUAAUCGUUGUAGAGUCGUCGAUAUUACUGUUUGUCCGCUUUCACGAGUGUGAAUACUCCAUUUCCUUUUUUUGUAAAAAGUUAUCGUAAAGUUUGUCCACAAGUGAGCAACUCUUCACUUUGGGUAAAGUUUACCACAAUAUAUUUAUAUGAAUUA